AUGCCUUCAUUUUAUUCAUAUCGGAAGAGAAAGAAAACCAUGAAUUAUGAUCCUCUCGUGGAUUCGGGAAACAAGGGCAAACAGUUUAAUAUCGAGUUUCUUGUUAUUCCCAUCCUGGAUUUUUCAGAUUUCCAACCAACUAUCUUAG